GUCAGAAAUAGGAAAUAGUUUGUCUCAAAGGCUUGUGAGAAUUCAGUAAGCUGCCAAACCAGGGUGGCAGCUGGGAAUUAGCAGUAGGUCUUCCUCUGCCUCCCCAGGAAGGACUCCCAGCUGGUUUCAAGUUCAGUUGGAAACAUUUCCCAGACUCUGGCGAAGUACAUCAGCCCAUCUGCCCAGCCCACACACAUCUGUUCAGCAGACAGGACUUUAUCUGCCCGUCUCAUGGACUUGUUUUUAGGCAUUCAGUUCUUUUGCUCCAGCCUCCGCUCCACAUCUGUGACUGCAGCCUUCUCCAUCCAGCUGAGAAGGAAAUUAUGUGUGCAAGAGGAGUCAGGGCUCCCUUCCCGGCACACAGCUCACAUCGCUAGGACUCCUGCAUCUGCCACACGCUCAGCCACUUGCUUGAGGAUGCUGCACCUGAAAGUCCAGUUUCUGGAUGACUCUCAGAAGAUCUUUGUAGUUGAUCAAAAAUCCUGUGGAAAAGGGCUCUUCAACCUCACCUGCAGCCACCUCAACCUUGUGGAGAAGGAGUACUUCGGCCUGGAGUUUCGCAGCCAGGCUGGGAACCAGGUCUGGUUGGAGCCACUAAAACCCAUAACAAAGCAAGUCAAAAAUCCUAAGGAGGUUCUUUUCAAAUUUAUGGUGAAAUUUUUCCCAGUGGACCCCGGCCAUCUGAGAGAAGAGCUGACCAGGUACCUCUUCACCCUCCAGAUCAAGAAGGACCUGGCACUGGGGCAGCUGCCCUGCAGCGACAAGAGCGCGGCGCUGCUCGUCUCCCACCUGCUGCAGUCUGAGCUGGGUGACUUCCAUGAAGAGACAGACCAGCAGCACCUGGCGACUCACAGGUAUCUGCCUAACCAAGAGUACCUGGACAACAAGAUCAUGCACUACCACCGGAGACACCGUGGGAAGACACCAGCUGAGUCAGAUGUUCAGUUGCUGGAUGUGGCUAGGAAGCUGGAGAUGUACGGGAUUCGCCCUCACCCCGCCAGUGAUGGCGAGGGGCUGCAGAUCAACCUGGCGGUGACGCACAUGGGGGUGCUGGUCCUGCGGGGCAAUACAAAGAUCAACACAUUCAACUGGUCCAAAAUUCGCAAACUGAGUUUCAAGAGGAAACAUUUUCUCAUCAAGCUCCAUGCAAACAUCUCUGUAAGUAUUGCACUGCAGGCAGCUGCCAGGAGCAGGAGCAGGCAGCUGUGGACCGAGGAUCAGCCAUAUGAAGUUCCCGAUUUUGAAUUAAAUCUGUUCCUGCUGCUCAGGGGUGAUGCUCCUCCCUCCCUUUAUCAUGGCAUGCGCCGCACCCAUGUUCCCAGUGGGGUGGUGCUGCACUGCCCAGAGCCAGUGGCAGCCCAGUGCGAUCCUCUGGGGGGUCAAGAGGGCAAACGGCAGAGCCUGGCCCUGCACCCCCUGAUGCUGGCGUGCUUGUUUCUGGCCACGCAGGCACUGUGCAAGGACACGCUGGAGUUCACCAUGGCGAGCCGGGACACCUGCAAGGCUUUCUGGAAGACGUGUGUGGAGUACCAUGCCUUCUUCAGGCUGUCUGAAGAACCCAAGUCAAAGCCCAAAGCGCUUCUGUGCAGUAAGGGCUCCAGCUUCCGCUACAGUGGGAGGACACAGAGGCAGCUGCUGGAGCAUGGGAGGAAGGUGAAGAUGAAGAGCUUGCCCUUUGAGAGGAAGCACUACGGGUCCCACUAUGAUGAGAGACAGUGCCGCUCCUCCCCAGACCUCCUGACGGACGUCUCCAAACAGGUGGAGGAGCUGCGCCUGGCCUAUGGCAAUCGGGGCUCCUACCAUGCCAACGGGGUGCACACCUCCGAGCCCACACUGGACAGCCAGCGCCGCAGUUCUGCCGUGGAAGUGACGUUUGCUGCUGAGCUGGAGCGCUCCAAGCCCGAAGCAUCCCCUGCCUUCUUGUCCCACUCCAAAAGCUCAUCUGCCUUCCCCCUACUUUACUCGGAGCUGGAGCUAGAGCGGGCAUGGGAACCUGCUGACCUCUUUGGUGCCAGGAACCCCUUGACCUCUUUUAGGCCCCACCACCAGUUCACCGGGAACAGUAAAAGCACCUCAGUGGGUAACAUGCGGGAGGUGAGUGCCCGGCAGCUGGUGUAUACAGACGUACCGUGUCCCCCGUCCGUGCCUGCCCCAGCUCCGCAGGUCCUCUUCUACCUGGACAGGCCCCCACAGGCUCCAUGCCACACACCAGCACCCAGCAAGGAUGACGUGGGACCAGCUGGUGGAGGUGGCCCCAUGGCAGCAAAACCCCCCAGGCGGAGCCCGAGUGAGACCCAGCCUGGAGAGUUUCAUCACAAGGCUGCAUGCAUGGCAGUGGGUGCAAGGCUGGCCCCAGCAGGGGAGAAUAGGUCCCUGGCUCGCUCCUUCGAUUAUGGCCUUCAGGAGCAGCCUCCCAAGAGGUCUUGGAGCCAAUCAGACAUGAAAACCAUCCGCUUCCCCUAUGGCUCUGAGUUCAGACCACUGGGGCCGUGCCCCACACUGAGCAGCCGGAGAGCAGGUGUCUUUUGGCACAUGCCAGCGCAGCAAGGGCUGGCACCAGGGCUGCGAUGCUCUGCCGAGCGCUAUGUGGGCAGCAGCACCGAGUCCAGCGACUCCGACUCUGACCUCCUGGCUGCCGACUACUGCUCCCUGUAUGGCCGAGUGCUGCGGUCACCUAUGGCCCGGGUGCGGCUGUCCUCUGGCAGCCUCCAGCUGGAUGAAGAGGAUGAGGAGGUGUCUUUCGCCACUGGUGCUGCUGAAGAAAGGACUUCCAGGGGGGCCUCCAGGUAUUUCACCUAGAUACCUGACACUGUCCAGAGGGAGCAGAGGUGGCUGGCACCGACAUGGGGCCGCACAAGGUGCCACUCUUGUCUGCAGGGCUGCUUACUUCUUGCAAAACAUUGAUGGGCUUGUGUUGUGAGAGUGCUCUUAGUUAUGGAGGAUGUAUUAACAGACAACAGGGAGCAUUCAGAAGAAGUACUUAACCCCUGCACCACAUUUGGAAGUUAGUGCAUCUCUGCCACCACAUGCAAGGGUUCUGCUCCAGCCGGGGGAGCCAGGGCUCUCCUAAAGUCCUGCAACGACCUUGGGUCCUGCUCAAGCUGGUGGCAGCUGGCCAUGCUUGGUGUUCAGCUGAUGGAUUCUUCAUUGAGGGGGUAGGUAUAAAAAGAAGAGUCAUCUCAUGGAAGAGUUUAAACUUCUGUUUCUCACAGCUGCAGGGAAGGGUGUUUGAGGCCCACUGGGAGAGUAGUAGGUUUAGGGGAGGUUGACCUGUGGACACAGAACCCGAAUCCGUUCUGCCUCUCCUCCCUCCAACGCUGCAGGGAGUGCCUGGUCCUCCAGGACAAGGUUGCAUGCCUGGUGUACUCUUUGUGAUCCUCGGAGCCAGAGUGGAAGCACACAGCUCUGUCUUCUCCCAGUCAGUUUGCUGCGCUAUUCUUCCACAAGAAACAUCCCAUUGCUGCCUGCAACUCAUUUAGCAACAUCCAACAGUGAGCGCAGGGAAGUGGGGUCAUGAAUGACAACCAUAUAACUCUGCUUCUUUCAGGUCCAUUAGCUGUCAUUUUUCUGGCAGCAGCUCCGUAACCCCAGCACCUCAGGGGCCUGCUCAAAUCUAGGGGAGCAGAGCAUGUAAGGGGGUCCUUUGUUGCACCGAGUCAGGCGGCAGUUAAGCAGCAUGGGGAAAAAGAUCUCAGGAGGGAUUAGGAAAUAAACAGGCAGCUGCUGCUCAUCCUUGACAUUAGAAAGUAGCUCUGCUUUACCCAUGGUGUUUCCGAACUUUCCCAUUUACUACAGAAGAGACUGCCAUGGGGCAGCAGGAGGGGGAUUCCCAAUUUAUUAAUUGCUACCUUGAAGGGUGAAGGUAUAAAGAUAGUUCUUGGAAGUACUUUUAUUACAAAACCUUCUCAUUACCCUAAACCUACAUGGAAUCUAUUUAGGAGACUGGAGGAUGACAGAACCUGUGUAAGAUUUUAGGGGAGAAUUGUAUUACUUUUUCUUCAAGAAGCCUGUAAGACUCUGAAGGACAUGACUUUAAGGAGAGGGAUAGCCCAGAAAAUACAGAGUUGAGAAAUUAUUAUGAUGUGCUAAGACGGAUUUCAGAAUCAAGGAGGCUGUGUCAAAGACAGAAAGUAGGUUAAAAUGUAAAAAGAACUGGGCUUACGGGUACUGCUCACCCUGCUGUCCCUUUGUUUUAGAAGCUGGACAAUAAAACAG